GCAAACAGGAAGACAGAGGCAGAAUGGCUGGUCAAUGGGGAUUGGCUUAUGCAAUGUGCAUCAUAGUGACCAGCCGUUCCUAAGAGACAGGAGCAUCUGGAACUGGAACAGGAACUGUUACCUGGGCAACUAAGAACCUGAAGCAUACUGGCUGGGAGGAGGCAUUUUCUGUUACAAUGGAACACCUCAUGUAAGAAGAUUAAGCUCUGAGUAGUGAAAAACAGCGCUCAUUGUAACACACCUCUGCAAGCCUUGUCCUCUUGCUGGGAAGGACUCCAAAAGGCUGACAGAGGCCAAGUUGAAGGGUGGCAGAUGUACUAGAGGAGCACAUGGACAGCGCAAUAGGAAUGCACCGAGACAGAACAUUAAGCAGUAGAGCACAGCUGAGGAGCUCCAGGACGGCGCGCUCGGAGGAGGACCGCGAAGGGCUCUGGGACGCGUGGGGCCCGUGGAGCGAGUGCUCGCGCACCUGCGGGGGCGGCGCCUCCUACUCGCUGCGCCGCUGUCUGGGCAGCAGGAGCUGUGAAGGAAGAAAUAUCAGAUAUAGAACGUGCAGUAAUGUGGACUGCCCACCAGAAGCAGGUGACUUCCGAGCUCAGCAGUGCUCAGCUCACAAUGAUGUCAAGCACCAUGGCCAGUUUUACGAAUGGCUUCCUGUGUCUAACGACCCUGACAACCCAUGUUCGCUCAAGUGCCAAGCCAAAGGAACGGCCCUGGUCGUUGAACUGGCACCCAAGGUUUUAGACGGUACUCGUUGCUAUACCGAAUCUUUGGAUAUGUGCAUCAGCGGUUUAUGCCAAAUUGUUGGCUGCGACCACCAGCUGGGAAGCACCGCUAAGGAGGAUAACUGUGGGGUCUGCAACGGAGAUGGGUCCACCUGCCGGCUGGUCCGAGGGCAGUAUAAAUCCCAGCUCUCUGCAACCAAAUUGGAUGACACUGUGGUCGCCAUUCCCUACGGAAGUAGACACGUUCGCCUUGUCUUAAAAGGACCUGACCACUUGUAUCUGGAAACCAAAACCCUCCAGGGGGGUAAAGGUGAAAGCAGUCUCAGCUCCACGGGCACCUUUCUUGUGGAUAAUUCUAGUGUGGACUUCCAGAAAUAUCCAGACAAAGAGAUACUGAGAAUGACCGGACCGCUGACGGCAGAUUUCAUCGUCAAGAUCCGGAACUCGGGGCCCGCAGACAGCACGGUGCAGUUCAUCUUCUAUCAGCCCAUCAUCCACCGCUGGAGGGAGACGGAUUUCUUUCCGUGCUCGGCAAGCUGUGGAGGAGGUUACCAGUUGACCUCAGCUGAGUGCUACGAUCUGCGGAGCAGCAGAGUGGUUGCUGACCAGUACUGUCAUUAUUACCCAGAGAACGUCAAGCCCAAACCCAAGCUUCAGGAGUGCAACUUGGAUCCUUGUCCGGCCAGUGACGGAUACAAGCAGAUCAUGCCUUAUGACCUCUACCAUCCCCUUCCUCGGUGGGAGGCCACCCCGUGGACCGCGUGCUCCUCCUCGUGUGGGGGGGGCAUCCAGAGCCGGGCAGUUUCCUGUGUGGAGGAGGACAUCCAGGGGCGUGUCACUUCCGUGGAAGAGUGGAAAUGCAUGUACACCCCUAAGAUGCCCAUCGUGCAGCCCUGCAACAUUUUUGACUGCCCUAAAUGGCUGGCACAGGAGUGGUCUCCGUGCACAGUGACGUGUGGCCAGGGCCUCAGGUACCGCGUGGUCCUCUGCAUGGACCACCGAGGAAUGCACACAGGAGGCUGCAGCCCGAAAACAAAGCCCCACGUAAAAGAGGAAUGCGUCAUACCUACUCCGUGCUACAAACCCAGAGAGAAACUCCCAGUGGAGGCCAAGCUGCCAUGGUACAAGCAAGCUCAAGAGCUAGAAGAAGGAGCUGCUGUGUCAGAGGAGCCCUCGUUCAUCCCAGAGGCCUGGUCGGCCUGCACGGUGACGUGUGGUGUGGGGAUCCAGGUGCGAAUAGUCAGGUGCCAGGUGCUCCUGUCUUUCUCCCAGUCCGUGGCUGACCUGCCUGUGGAGGAGUGUGAAGGGCCCAAGCCGGCAUCCCAGCGUGCCUGCUAUGCAGGACCGUGCAACGGAGAGAUUCCGGAAUUCAACACGGACGGCGCAGACAGGCUCUCGGGAGGCCUGCAGGAGCUCGAUGUGCUGUAUGACUGGGCAUAUGAGGGGUUCACCAAGUGCUCCCAGUCAUGUGGAGGAGGUGUCCAGGAGGCUGUGGUGAGCUGUCUGAACAAAGAGACUCGGGAGCAUGCUGAUUCAAGCCUGUGCGUGACCAGCCGCCGUCCCCCACAGCGUCUGAAGCCAUGCAACUUGGAUCCGUGCCCAGGAAGGUGGGAAACUGGCCAGUGGAGUCCGUGUAGUUUUACCUGUGGGGUUGGCCUACAAACCAGAGACGUCUUCUGCUCCCAUCUGCUGUCCAGAGAGAUGAAUGAGAUGGUGAUGCUGGCUGAUGAGCUGUGUCACGGCCCCAAGCCCAGCACGGUGCAAGUGUGCAACCGUUUCAACUGCCCCCCGGCCUGGUACCCUGAGCAGUGGCAGCCGUGCUCCAGGACCUGUGGAGGAGGUGUUCAGAAACGGGAGGUUCUUUGCAAGCAGCGCAUGGCUGAUGGCAGCUUUCUGGAGCUUCCUGACACCUUCUGCUCUGCCCCCAAACCAGCCUCCCAGCAAGACUGCAAGCAAGAAGACUGCCCCAGGGAGUGGCUUCUCUCAAACUGGACAGAGUGUUCCACAAGCUGUGGGGAGGGCACGCAGACGCGAAGCGCCGUUUGCCGGCAAGUGCUGAAAACCGGGGUCUCCGCUGUCGUCAAUUCUACCCUGUGCCCGCCCCUGCCUUUCUCCUCCUCCAUCAGGCCCUGCAUGCUGGCGGCAUGUGCAAGGCCUGGGCAGCCGUCCACAAAGCAGAGCCCUCAAAUCACUGCUGCACGGAAAGUGUAUAUCCAGAUGCGCAGGCAGAGGAAACUGCACUUCGUCAUGGGUGGAAUCGCCUACUUGCUGCCCAAGACAGCCGUGGUGCUCCGAUGCCACACACGAAGGUUCCACAAGCCCCUCAUCACGUGGGAGAAAGACGGCCAGCACCUCAUCAGCUCUGCUCGCGUCACGGUGGCCCAUUUUGGCUACCUGAAGAUCCACCGCCUCAGGCCCUCUGAUGCCGGCACCUAUACCUGCUCUGCAGGACCUGCCCAGGAACACUUUGUGAUUAAGCUCAUCGGGGGUAACCGCAAGCUCGUGACCCAGCCGCUGAGCCCACCCAGCGAAGAAGAGGUCCUUCCGGGGAGGAAGACCAGCCCCAAGGAGGCCCUGCAGAGCCACAAACACCAGAAUGGGAUCUUCUCCAACAGCAGCAGGGUUGAGAAGUGGGGCCUAACCCCUGACGUGGGGAGCCGCUAUGAUGAUAUUGUCUCCCGGCUGCUGGAGCACGGGGGCUGGCCCAAAGAGCUCCUGGCUUCCUGGGAGCUGCAAGACUUCACAGAAAGGAACGCAUCCUCAGAGGAGGAUCCAAAUGCCGAGCAGGCCCUUCUGCACCUCCCUUUCACCUUGGUGGCUGAGCAGAAGCGCCUGGACAACAUUCUCAGGAACCUCUCCCAGCAGCCUGAGGAGCUGCGCGACCUGUACAGCAAGCACCUGGUCGCCCAGCUGGCCCAGGACCUCUUCCGCAGCCACCUCGAGCACCAGGAUAUGCUCCUUAAGCCCUCAGAGCAGAGGUUCCCCCCAGUGGCCGCCCCUCACAAACACGUGUCUAGCUUCAGCACCUCCUUGCGGACCUCCUCCAGGGAGGCCAAUGGCGGCUCUCGCAGGCCACACCGCAAGCCUACCAUCUUGCGGAAGAUCUCAGCUGCUCAGCAGCUCUCUGCCUCUGAGGUUGUCACCCACCUUGGGCAGACUGUCGUCCUGGCCAGCGGGACACUGAGCGUGCUGCUAAACUGUGAGGCCAUUGGCAACCCAAGGCCUACCAUCAGCUGGGUCAGGAAUGGGGAAGAGAUUCAAUUCAGUGACAGGAUUCUUCUGCAGCCAGAUGAUUCCUUACAGAUCUUGGCACCAGUGGAAGCUGAUGUGGGUUUCUAUACUUGCAAUGCCACAAAUGCCUUGGGAUAUGACUCUGUCUCCAUUGCCGUCACAUUAGCAGGAAAGCCACUAGUGAAAACAUCACGAACGCCUGUGACCAACACAGAGAAGCCUGCGGUCACCGUGGAUAUAGGAAGCACCGUCAAAACAGUGCCGGGAGUGAAUGUGACAAUUAACUGCCAAGUUGCAGGUGUGCCUGAAGCCGAAGUCACCUGGUUCAGGAAUAACAGCAGUCUGGGCUCUUCCCACCUGCACGAGGGCUCCUUGCUGCUCACAAAUGUGUCCUCCUCGGACCAGGGCAUGUACUCCUGCAGGGCAGCCAAUCUGCACGGAGAGCUGACAGAGAACACCCAGCUCCUCAUCCUGGAUCCUCCCCAGGUCCCCACACAGUUGGGAGAUAUCAGGGCCUUGCUCUCAGCCACUGGCCUGAACUUUCCUUCGGUGCUGACAUCUCCUACGGGAACACAGCUGGUCCUGGAUCCUGGGAAUUCUGCUCUCCUUGGCUGCCCAGUCACCGGCCACCCCACACCCAACAUCACCUGGUUCCACGGCGGUCAGCCCAUUGCCACUGCCCCGGGACUGGCGCAUCGCAUCUUAGCCGCUGGACAGAUCCUGCAGGUCGCAAACCUCAGUGCUGGGUCACAAGGAGAGUUCAGCUGCCUCGCUCAGAAUGAGGCAGGGCUGCUCACACAGAAGGCGUCUCUCGUGGUCCAAGAUUACUGGUGGUCUGUGGACAGGCUGGCCCCCUGCUCGGCCUCCUGCGGUAACAGAGGGGUGCAGCAGCCUCGCCUCAGGUGUCUGCUGAACAGCACAGAGGUCGGCCCCGAGCGCUGCUCAGGGAAGGCUCGCCCGGCCGUGCAGCCCACCGCCUGCAACCGGAGGGACUGCCCUUCCCGGUGGAUGGUGACUUCCUGGUCUGCCUGUACCCGGAGCUGUGGUGGAGGCAUCCAGACCCGCCGGGUGACCUGUCAGAAGCUGAAGGCCUCUGGGCUCUCCACCCCCGCGUCCAAUGACUUGUGCACGCAGCAUGCCAAACGCCCUGUGGACACCCAAGCUUGCAACCAACAGCUGUGUGUGGAGUGGGCCUUCUCCAGCUGGGGCCAGUGCAGUGGGCCUUGCAUGGGGCCUCACAUGGCUGUGCAGCACAGACAGGUCUUCUGCCAGACCCGCGACGGCAUCACCUUACCGUCCGAGCAGUGCAGUGCCCUCCCCAGGCCCGUGAGCUCUCAGAACUGCUGGUCAGAAGCCUGCAGUGUCCACUGGCGGGUCAGCCUGUGGACCCUGUGCACGGCCACCUGCGGCAGCUACGGCUUCCAGUCCCGGCGGGUGGAGUGCGUGCACGCCCGCACCAACAAGGCUGUGUCCGACCACCUGUGCUCCUGGGGGGCCCGGCCUGCCAACUGGCAACGCUGCAACAUCACCCCGUGUGAAAACAGGGAGUGCAGAGACACCACCAGGUACUGCGAGAAGGUGAAACAGCUGCACCUCUGCCAGCUCAGCCAGUUCAAACUGCGCUGCUGUGGAACUUGCGGCAAAGCGUGAAGACAGGGCCCAGGGAAGAACUCUGCCCUGGCUGCAGAGACUCACGGCAGCCACCUCGGACAGAGCUUCCACUCCGUGUACUCGCCCUGCGCCCCCAGCUGCCCACCUCCACUCCUAAGGCCUCGCAGCUUCUCCUUCCCAGCGAGCUGGAGGACAGACCAUCAGGAAAGACACACGGCUGAUGUGUGAGGGGCGCGAGGGCCAGACGGCAGCGGCUCCCUCGCACAGCUGGCUCCUCUCAAGCUCGGGCUCGGAAAGGACAGCCCACGGGACAGGGAGCCCUGAGGGCUUGGACAGUAUUGGUGCAAACCUCGGACUAACACGCCUAUGUCUUUCCCACAAGCGAGCUGCUAAUGCAAGUGUCCUUGUCUCCUCCUCUGCCUGCUUGGUGAUGAUAAGGACGAGAGGGACUCCCGCCCAGCACUCGGCUCUAGAGGGAACAGAGAGAAGGGAACUCCAGUGCGCGGUGUGGAGCGGGAAAGGAGGAGACGAUCGAAGUAGGCCUGAGGAAGGCACACAGCGAUGCGGAACAGGAAGGAGGGAAGGGACAGGAACGAAGAAGCCCGUGUGCGUCCCUCGGUGGGGAGGGGCAGGCAGGUCCCGUGAGACAGGCUGUGAGCCCUGGUGCAUGCCUGCACCUCCAUGGGUUCAGGGGAGGUUCAGGGAUGUUUAGAGUCCUGCUGCCCUUUCAGAGCCCCCCGGGGAUGAGGGAGCGUCCCUGCUCCCUACACUGAGCAAACCUUCUGGCUGUGCAGCUACCACAAAGCCAGCAGGAGGUCCGCGUCCAACUGUGCGGCAAAGCUGCUUCUGGCAUCUUCUUGUUUUAGUCGAGUCCCCAGCUCUGAACUAACUGCUGCUGUUGGACAGGGACACGCUGAGCAUGAGCAAGCCAGGCUUCCCCCCUGCUGGCCUCUGACGGGGACUGGCGCCUCUUGGUCAAAAGCAAUUUGCCAGAGAGUAUCCAUCGAUCUGAAGCAACCACCUCCUCCCAGAGCUGGCCGGUGGGACGGCGGGUGGCACGCUCACUGAGUUCGUGCAUGCCCCUGUGGGCACAGCCUGCCUGCCCCAGCCACCGUCCCUCGGGUCUGCAGGCCCCUCCUGGAGCACUGUGAGAGCCGCUGGACGUGGUAUUUAUACAGCAGGCUAGGGUGGCAUGAGGAGGAGCCAAGGCAAAGCCAGAGGGUAAAGACGCCUGGUCAGUCCUCAAAGCUUUCCAGCCAUCCUCCCACACAAGGAAAUACUAUAAAUCGUAUAUUAAUUCACAGAGCACAGUUCUGGUGACUCAGCUACUCAGCAAGCAAAGCAGUAUAUGCACUUCUGCAGCACACACAGCUUCGGUGGGACCCUACAGCCAAGGCAAGAGACAGAACAAACACCGGGACCACGUGGCAAAGCGCUCAUUCGGCAAGAGCAGCCAUGCGCAAGUAAUUUUCACCUCGUCCCACUGAGUGGCCCCGGUUGAGUGGGGGGCAGCCAGGCUCACCUGCUCCUCAGAUAAGCUACCCUUCUACACAUACGCAUGAAAUGCCACUUACCCAAGGCCGUCACUGACAUCGGGGCUGCAUUUUCCAGCCAGCCUAGAAGUAAAAUUUGGGAGGAAGAUAAUAUGAAUCUAUGUCUUUUCUAGUUGAGCAAUAGGUGAUUAGAGUGGGUCUCUUUCUUCCUCACCACAAAAAUAGACUCUAAGAACUCAUGUUACUAAAAGUCAGUGUCAUGUUUAUUUAAAAUAAAAGAGAAUGUUUUCUAUGUAUAUCUUUUGUGAAUAUUUAUUAGGAUUUCUUGUAUAAAAAAGUGCAAUAUUAAUAAUUGUCAUCCUGAAAAACUAUUGGGAGGAUUUUUUAUUAACUUCCUGAAGCUGUGUUUCUGUAAACUCAGUGGUGAUUAUUACAUUUUUCCUAUUUUUCAUAGAGGCUGGUGUUUAACUCUGGACCCAUUAUUCACUGUGUACAGAAUAUAUUGUAAAAGCUAAUAUGGUGCGAUAGAGGUGAUUCAUUUGUGACAUAAUAUUAUGCAUAGAAUGAUGACGACAAAUUCCAUACUGUUAAUGCAAUUGAUUAGCUCUAGCUCAACGGCUAUUGAAAAUCUGCAGUAAAUAUUUACAUUUCCGAAAAAGCAGGCAACUUCCAGCUCCACCAGCUGUCAGGGUGCAGAGCUGGUGAUAGGUUUCAGAGCAAGCUGAGAGCCCAGGCUUGGGGUGGGAAGCGCGUGCUCCUUGCAUGAGAUGAAUGUACAUUUAAUGUUUGUUCUGUGAAUUGUGACUCAGCAGUACCACAGAUUGGUAGGGCUGCUGGAUAAUGUGGAAGGAGGCACUUCCUCCUCUAAAACACAAAACGGUUAUUUAUAUUUUUUGUACAGAUAAUACACCUUAUUUAUUUAAA